AUGCUCCUCCAGCUUUGGAUUCUGCUCUUCUCGCUGCUUCUUGUUCCAAGUUCCCUUGCCGUGGCAAUGCUUUCCCGGAACGACGCGGGGCAUGUCCUAGUGACAGCCGUCCUUUUCUUCGUCCUGCCGCUGAUGGUCUGCGCGGCUGCGCUGCACCCUGUCGUGGCUUGGUUGCUGCAGCGGCACCGGACGCCACUGCAAGAGGCCUGCCGAGAGUACCUCAGCAGGCUCAUCACUGGCUCGGCAACUAUCCUGCCCGAAGACCAAGACCACCCCAAAAACCAGGGCCUGUCCAUACAGGCUCUACAGCACUUCUGGGAACACUUCAAGCACUUUCUGCUCGAGAGGAAUAUGCACUUCGUGGUAGCUAACAUCGUGGAACCCCUCACAGAGAAACGUCAGAUGUCCUUCGUUAGCCUCCUGCAGGGUAAGCCCGUCUCACAUUUCGUGUCGCACAGCUGGGCCACGCUGUUCCAGCACUUCGUGCAGUGCCUGCAGCGCCACGCUGCCUUCACCGGUGCCUUGGAGCCCACCUACUGGAUUUGCUCUUUUGCCAACAACCAGUGGGACAUCGCCAAAGAGAUCGGGACCGACGUCCUUGACAGCGCCUUUGCCAAGGUCCUCCACUCCGACGUGCAGGGCGUGGUCAUGGCGCUGGACCAGCAGGUUCAGCCCUUCACGCGAGUUUGGUGCCUUUUCGAGCUCUUCCUCUCGAGCGAGAAGGCGCUAGAGGUCGUCUUUGCCACGGACUCUGGCGGGGACGAGUGUUGUGAGUCAGUCGGGGUGGCCCUGGAGUUGGGCCGGCGGAUCAGCGGCUUGCAAGUUGAGACUUGCCACGCUUCCUCCGAAAUCGACAAGCAGCGGAUCUUCGCCCACAUUCGAUCGGAGCUCGGUAGCCUUGCACGCAUGGAUCACAAGAUCAAGGACAUGAUAAGGGACAUGCUCCGCAGAAACCUCCAGCACGCGAGAGCCUCGACAGCUGACCUUCGCCAGCAGCUAGAGCAAUAG